UGCUACGAUGAUGCUUGUUACCAAACGCAGUGCUAUGAUUGGUCAGAUCUGUUUAUUCAAGUCUUGAAAAAUCAGAAAAAGGCAACAAAAAAAAUGUUGGGGGUUUAAAGUCUUACACAGCUUUUAUUUUGAAGGUUUUUGGAAAGCUGAAUGCACUCGGCUCAUCUUCUGUAGUUUAAAUGUGGCAGUAAAUAAAAUGUUCAGACAUUUUUCACAGCAUGUGAACAAGGGAUUUUUGUUCAUUAAAAUAUUACGUGUCAUAGCUCAGUGGGCUACAUACUGAACUCAGGCUGAGGGGCCUGGACCCCCGGGAGUGGUCCGCUGCAGUUAUUGAAUGAUGUGACGUCAUCUCCGCUUUAUUUUGGAAAGGUUUGGAAAGAGUGGUGCUCUCUGCGGCUUGACUGCGCAGGUCCGCAGCUGGCGGCAGAGACAGACGCAGAGUUCGUCGUUCCCGGCUGGAGCACCGCCGGAGCCGCCUGCUUUGUUCGCCACAGGCUGAGCGCGCGGAGCCGGUGCUUCCAGUGCUUAGAGGAAACCUCCGUAGUUGCGAGCGCAGAGCGUUAAUCUGCCGGGAGACCCGGCGGAGGGACCGGUGUGAUUUGUGGGACGGUACACGGUGUAAAAUGGCUCCCGGGCACCGCGAGCACCGACUCAGCUGAUCAGCAGCUCCAUGUGACGUCACUGCUUCUUCCAGCAGCGCUUCAACCGAGCUCUUCCUCCUCCUCUGCUACGAGGUGGCAUGUCGGCGGCUCAGACCCAGAAGGAGAGCAGCGAGGCGGGCUGGGGCUGCCUGGAGGCUCUGGGUCUCAGUCAGAAGGAGAUCGUCCUGGCUGAGGCCCUGCAGAUGGAGUACGAUGCCCUGUCCAAACUCAGACAGGACAAGAGCGGAACGGGACCCAGCCAGACCGGCUCCAAGACCCCCAAUCCCUCCAUCGAGCGCCACCAGUCCACACCUUCCCCGCCGGGAGGAAACCUGCUGAUGGGCCUUUCCGGGUCCGAAUCCUCCCUGAACCAAGCGGGAGGGUCCCAGUCUCCACAGUCCGCCCCAGCCAGGGCCCUCCCCCCUCAGGGCGGCUACGUCAAGGAGUCCCCAUACAUCCUGGACAGUUCUGAAGUCUGCAAGUUCAGGGACGCUUCUGUGCCCAGCCUUGGGGACUCUCCCGGAUCCAGUUCAGGGUUUCUGCCAAAGGGUUUUCCCGCUCUUCCAGAUGACACACCCCCCGCCAUCCCACCAAGAAACCCCAUCCCGCCACUGGCAGUGUCCGAGAACCCCUUCCUGCCCCCCCGACCCUCCACCGUGCCGCGGGACGUGAACCUGUUCAUGCCCAACGUGGAUCGGCCCAAAGUGACCUCCGGAGACCUGAACUAUGACACCAUCAACGACUCGCUGUCCCGACUAAAUGACAGCUGGCAAGGUCGGAGGGCCAAUGGCGACCAAUCAGGCAAGCCCGUGGCCCGCAGCAAGACGCUCCCCCCUCAGGUGCCUCCCAGGACGUACGUAGCUGUUCCCAAGAGCAACAAGAACCAGCGUCCGGUCUCUGCAGACCCGGUGUCGCUGGGCGCUAGGAUGAACGGUUUCGGGUACGAGCUCUUCCAGGUGUCGGAGGAGCGUGACGAGGAGGUGGCAGCGUUCUGCCACACGCUGGAUGUGCUGCGCUCGGCGUACCCGUGCUGUGACCGCUCAAAGAACGCCGGCUUUGUGUGGUCGCCCUCCGUCGGCCACGAAGAGCUCCAUCAGGGCCUGGGGGUCAGUGUGAAGGUGACGGUCAUCAGUGAGCACUUCAGAGAGCCGCUCACCUUUACCUGUGACAGUUCGUCCACCGUGGACCUGCUCAUCUACCAGACUCUGUGCUACGCUCAGGACGACCUCGACCAUGUGAACGUGGACGACUACCUGCUGAAGGUCUGCGGACAUGACGAGUUCCUCCACAACGCGCAGACUCUGGGUGGGCUCGAGUUCGUUCAGCAGUGUCUGAAGUUCGACUGGGAUGUCCGGCUGUGCCUCGUCAAGAGAUCGUCCAUCAGCAUCGAGCUGGCCCGCACGAAAGAUGACGAUGAGACGGCGUCCACCAUGAACCACAGCAUCCUGCUGCAGGAGCGUCCAAUCAAACAGACAGUCACCAGGGAGGCUCUGACCCUGCUGCUCGACACAUUUCACAACGAGGCCGAGUCCUUCCUGCUGUCAGAGGUGGAGCUGCCUCUGCAUGUGGAGCGCCUCGUCCAAUCCGUGAAGGCGCUCUGCAGCUCGUUGGCUGCCGUGGAGACGCCCGACGUGACCUCGGCCCUUAACCAGCUCCCAGCGUGCCCUUGUCGCCUGCAGCCCAAAGUCCUGAAGGAUGCAUCAGUGCUGGCUGUCAGGGAGAACAGAGAGAAAGUGGUGGAGAAGCUGACGGCGGCCAUCUUGGAUCUAGUGGAGCUGUACUGCAGCACAUUUAAUGCCAACUUCCACACGACGCCGCAGAGCCACUGCUGCACGGCGCCCAUCCAAGAGGCUGGCCUCAUCACAAACGUCCUCUCCUUCAACAUCUACGCCGCCCACCGCAUCCCCAUCACGUGGGCUGCCAGUUAUGAAUGCUUCUUCCUGUCCUGCUCUCUGACUCACGGAGGGGCGGAGCUUUGUGCGCCGCAGCACACCAGCAAGCAGUCGGUCAGCAAAUACCUGUUCCACCUGGUGGUCUGGGACCAGAGGGUGUGUUUCCCCGUGCAGAUCAAUCAGCUGCCCCGAGAGUCUCAGCUAACGGUGGUGCUGUACGCCAGCCCUCUGCCGCCCCCCGGAGGAGCUGAGGAGAAGGGGAAGCAGCGGCGCAGCAUCGAGGCGCUGGGCUGGGUCACCAUGCCGCUCUUCAACUUCAGACA